AUGACAACCCGACCAGAUAUCCUACAUUCCGUAACGAAGCUUGCACAAUGGAAUAUCGACCAGCACAAGGAGCAUGAAGUGGGUGCCAAACGAAUAUUGCGAUAUUUGAGGGGCACCACAGAGCUGAAGUUGCACUACCAAAACAAUGGUCAGCCCAUCCAUGGUUAUGUAGACGCGGACUGGGCUGGAGAUAGCAGUGAUCGGAAGUCCUUUAGUGGCUGUUCCUCCUUCGCUGCAUGUCCUGCAUUUACUUGGGAGUCCAAGAAACAAUCGGUCGUUGCACUCAGUACUACGGAGGCGGAAAAUGUGGCCUUUUCGUCAGCAGCUAAUGAAGCGGUCUAUAUUAUGAAACUUGUUGAUGAAAAUGACCUUCGACGAUGUCCCGGCAGUGAAGAUAUACAGCGACAACCAAAAUUCACUGAGCCUUGCAAAGAACUCCGAAGCACAGAGACAUAA